CCACGACAUGUCGGACGAGGAGGUCAAGAGCAGCGAGCCCACGGCGGGCGUGGCGAUGGUCUCGGGCAGCAUCAGCCUCCCGUCCGCCGAGGAGAACACGCUGGACGAGCCCGUGUCCACCACCAUCCUCCGCGACCUGCGGCUCGUGGGCGGCAAGCUGCGCGUGGUGCUCAUGCCCAGCAACACGUCGGAGGAGACGCUCAAGGCGCUGCGGGACUGGGACCUGUGGGGCCCACUGCUGCUGUGUCUGACGCUGUCGAUUAUGUUGAGUGUGACGGCACCCGCGGCGCAGUCGGCGAUGGUGUUUACCGGUGUCUUUGUAGUGAUUUGGGUGGGCGCUGCGAUCGUCACUAUCAACGCACAGCUCCUGGGCAGCACCAUAUCGUUCUUCCAGAGCGUGUGCGUGCUCGGGUACUGCGUGUUCCCGCUGAACAUUGCGACGUUGGUGUGCAUGCUUGCCAAAGUGAUGGUCUCGCACAUCUUGCUGCGGUUGUUCGUCGUGGCGGUGGGCUUCCUCUGGUCUACGCGAGCCUCGGUCGUGUUCAUGUCCAAGCUGGUGCCGCCCAAGCGCAAGGCGCUCACUGUCUACCCAGUGCUGCUCUUCUACCUGUUCAUCAGCUGGAUGGUGCUCAUCCAAUAAGCCCAAGCGUACCAUAAGCUGCGUGC